AUGGCUGAACUACAGGAGCCGUUCGUUGGUUCGCAACCUACAAAAGAGUUUAAACACUUAUUUCCUCCUACAGGACAAUUAACGCCUAAAGCCGUUGAAACACCUCUCGUACUAUCACCUUCUGUCUCUGAAACCAAUGGAGGCAUUGAUUAUGUGAUUGUCUUUAAAUUUCCUACAGCAGUACCCAAGAAUGAUGACAAAACCACUCGUGCUGAAUUAGAAUCGGACGUUUCAAGUUCUCUUGCCAGCAUCACCCUUCGUCUGACCAAGGUCAAGCUUCGUUUUCAAAUACGUCCCGGAAAGGAAGAAGGCACUCUUUUAAUUCUGAUCAGUAGUCCAGUAGGCCCUAUCAAACAAGAGUACAGACAAGAAAGAGUUCGCGACUUUUUGCUCGGUGUGCGCGUAGACGAAAUUGAAGAUGGUUCUAGUUCCACGGCUAUUACCGAUCAAGCCUUCCAGGACCUAACAGAAGCCGAGAGAUUACGUUUGGUUUAUGAAAUUUUGACACAACCCGAAGCUGAAGGUGGGGCUGGAAUAUCAUCUCAUGUUGACAAGUAUGUUGACAGUAUCUUGCCUUUACAUGAUGACAAAUUUAACAAUACUUGGUUAAAAUCUUGGUCUACGAAAUGGUUAAUCACGGAUAAUGAUCUUUUAAAGAUCCGUGAUCAUUUUGGAGAAAAGAUCGCCUACUAUUUCGCAUUUAUCCAAACUUAUUUCAUAUGGCUUAGUGCACCUGCCGGUUUGGGAUUUCUGGUAUAUCUGACACACUCCAACACAUUGACGGUCUGGUUUUCACUUUCCAUGUUAAUAUGGGCCGUUCUUUUUACCGAAAUGUGGAAGCGCAAAGAACAUGAAUUAGCUAUCCAUUGGGGAGUUCGAAACUAUUCCAAGCACGAAAAAAGAAGAACAGAGUUUAAGGGUGAGAAAAUGAUCAAGGAUCAUGUAACCGGUGAAGAUACGCCUUAUGUAUCUGCUUGGAAACUGUUUGGAAGAAGAGUUGCUUCUUUGCCUGGAGUUGCUGUUGGUGCAUUUUUAUUAAGUAUCAUUGUCGGUUUUGUAUUUGUACUUCAAUUGUUUUUGCAUGAGUAUUAUAAUGGCCCAUUUCAUCAAUUCUUGCAUUAUGCACCCACUGUCGGUUAUGUACUCCUGAUUCCUACCAUGACAAACAUCUACAGUAAAUGGGUCAAGGUCCUCACAGACUGGGAAAUGCAUAAAACCGACGCUUCUUGGGAGUACAGCUACACACAAAAGAUUUUCAUUGCCAACUUUUUAGUUGGCUAUCUGUCUUUAUUUAUCACCGCAUGGAUCUAUAUUCCUUUUGGUGAUCAUGUGUUACCUUACCUUGUUCAAUUUAACGUGUCGCAUGAUCACAAGACUGUAGAUUUUCAAAGAUUACGCGCUCAACUUGUUUAUUUUGUAGUGACAGGUCAAUUGGUUGGGUUCUUGACAGAAAUGGUAGUACCUUAUGCACUUAGACGUAUCAUGCCCCAAGCAAAGAAGUUGACUAGCAAAGUAGUUAAGAAUCAGAAGGAAAAAAGCACAAAUCUUUCCACCAACGCUACAGUCGAAGAUCAAGAGGAAGCCAAGUUUAUGGCGAAAGUUUACAAGGAAGUUGGACUGGAAGAAUAUAAUAUCUAUACCGAUUACGUUGAGAUGGUCAUUCAAUUUGGUUAUGUCAGCAUGUUUUCUACAGUGUGGCCAUUGACUGCUUUAUGUGCAUUGAUUAAUAAUUGGGUAGAGAUUCGUGGUGAUGCUAUCAAAGUGUGUAAAUAUACAAGACGUCCUAUACCCCAUCGCGCUGAAAGUAUCGGUCCUUGGUUAGGAAAUAUGGAGACAUUGGUUUGGUUGUCUUCUAUUACAAUGGGAUCAUUUGCCUAUCUUUUCCAUCCUUCCACUAAUAUACAUUCCCCUUAUACACCUGUCUUUACCUUGUUGGCCAUUUUAUUGUCAGAGCAUCUAUUUGUUGCUCUUAGAGCUGGUGUUCGUGCUGCCCUAUCUAUGGUUCCUAGUUGGUCUGAAUGGUUGAUUCGCAAGGAGGAAUAUAAGUUAAAGAAGGUUUGGUUAGAGCGUAUGGUUGGUAAUCACAAGCAUUUUGUAUCGCGUAGUGACGAUCAAGAGAACGAUAACUCGGAUCUUUCUGAGGGAUUAAGUUCAAAGAUUUGGAUCCAUCACUUGGAUAAGCAGGCGGAACAAGCCGAAGGCCAUUCAGCCGACUUGUUUGCUAAAGCCAACGACGCGUUUUUUGACGAUGAUUAUGACGAAGCGUUGACUCUCUUUACAAAGUUAGUUUCCCUGGAACCCACUAACGCCGAAUUUAUAUUAAAACGUUGUCAAGUACAUCAAAAGCUGAAUCAGCUGGAAUUAGCUCUCAAGGAUGGUGAAAGUGCCUUAAGACUACUGGAACAAGGCUCUCGUAGCUUAUUAGCAAGGGCUCACUUACAAGUUGGUAUCACUUUACAUCGUUUAGGUCAAUACGUAAAGGCUCAAAGUCACCUGGAACAAUCAAGAGAACUGAAUCCCAAGGAAAAGACCUUGGUAACAUGGUUGAGAAAGAAUGAGGAUAAGUUACCCAAAGAUGCCCCUACCACUACUUUAGCUGCAGCUCCAGCUCCAGCUCCAGUUUCAGCUCCACCCGUAAAGGCAACAAGAUACGAGUGGUUUCAAAAUGACACAUUUGUCACAAUUGAAGUGUUUAUCAAAAACGUAAAGCAGGAUGCAGUUGAUCUUAACUUCUUUGAUAAUUCGUUGUCAUUGACGGUCAAAUUACCUACUGGAUCUGAUUACUCACUUGAACUUGAACCACUUGCACACAAGAUUUUACCCAAAGAAUCCUCCUUCAAGAUUCUUUCCACCAAGAUUGAGAUCAAGUUAAGAAAGGAAAUGAUUGGUAUCAUGUGGGGUACUUUAGAAGGAGAUGAUCAAAUUAUUCCCAGUAAGCGUGUAUUUUGUACUUUUGCUGCAGGACAAAAAAAAAAAAAAAGGCUUACAUUUAAUCUUUUAGUGGCCUCAAGCACACCCACUACCACCGUAAAGAAAGCUAAGGAUUGGGGAGCUCUUACUCGUGAAGUGGAUGAAGAAACAAAACCCGAGGGAGAACAAGCUUUGAAUUCCUUGUUCCAAAAAAUCUACAAGGAUGCCGAUCCUGAUACGCAAAGAGCCAUGAUGAAGAGUUUUGUUGAAAGUAACGGUACUUGUCUUUCAACAAAUUGGAAUGAGAUUGGCAAUAAAAAGACUGAAGUGAAGCCUCCAGAGGGAAUGAUUGCAAAGAAGUAUGAAUAAAAAUCUUAUUUUCAUAUGCCGAAUCGUUUCUAUGGGGAAAAUUGUCAUCCAUAAUGCUUGAAAAAGGAAACUAAGUUUUCACACACACACACACACACACACACACACAUUAAUAAAACCCAUUCUCUUUUUUAUUUGCCUUCCCU